AUGAUUCUCAAUGUGUGUGAAACAUUUAAGGGUAUUGAGGAACUAUUGAAUGAUGAUUUUUAUCUCCAUGGUAUAAAUGACAAUACUAAAUUAUUAGAAAUUUAUUGUCCUAUUAGCAGUGAAACGGGGAAAAGAGAAUGUAAAACUGCCAGUCAAAGAGUUAAUGCUGCUACUGUAUUAUUAUUUAAUCAUUUAUUUAGCGGAGAUGAAAAUAUAGAAUCUGAUAAUAAAAAUAACGAAUAUAUCAUGUAUAUUAUGCUAUGGUUAAGUAGUAAAAUGAAUCUAAUUACAGAUGGAACUUACGGAAGCGUGUCAGAUUUUUAUACUACGUUUAUAAAAAAUGGUGAUGUUGAUGUUGAUGUUGAUGAUAAUUAUUAUUAUGAUUAUUUUGAUAAAAUCUCUGAAAAAAAAGAAAUAAUGAAAAUUAAAAUUGAAGGAAUGCAUGAACUUUAUGAGUUACUUAAAGAUCUGUGUAAUGCAAUUAAUAAUUCUUCCGAAGAUUCUUCAAAUUGCUCCGAUUGUUCAAAUUUUGCUAAUAAAUGGAAAGACCAAUCCAAUAAACUUGUUGAAAAAGAAACUAAGGUUUAUGAAGAUGAGUAUUAUUGUGAUGUGCUGUUAACUUUAAAAAAAGCUUAUGAGAAAUUUAAAAAAGAUAAUGGUAUCCAAAAUAAACUUCCAGAACUCGAAAAAAUAGAAAAAAUAAAUAAUUGUAAGGAAUUAUGUAAAGAUGCAAACAACUCGUGGAGAAUUAUAGAUGCGAGUUCCCAAGAUUUAUCGAAUGAAAUAGAUCGAAAUUUUAGUGACAUUUUAAAAACAAUUCCCUCUAAAGAUAAAAAGAAAUAUCGGAUACUGAAGAAAUUUGUGAAAAUUAUAAAAAAAAUAACGAUCAAGAAGAGAAGAAUAGUGAAAAAAAAGAAAAGAAAAAAAGUAAUUGUCAAAGCACCGAUGAAUAAAAAACAGAGUAACAAGCAUCAAGGAUCAAGCCAAGGAGGAAAACAAUCAGUUACAGAAGAACCAUCACAAAUUUCAGAAGAUGAAUCAUAUUCAGAAGAUGAAUCAGAUUUAGAAGGUGAAGAAGAAGAUAGUGAACAAACCGAACCGAAGAAUAAUUAUCAAAACACCGAACAACAAAAUACAGUAGAUCAAGCAUCAAACCAAAGUGAUAACCCAUCAUAUUCAGAAGGUGCAUCAUCAGCUUCAGGAAAUGAACUAGAAAAUAGUGGAAAAUCACAAGAAGACUCUGAAGAACAAACAAAUACAAAUUUAUCAACGAAAACGAACAAUCAAACAGUAGUUCAAGAACAAUCUGGUGCAGAACCAGAAACAGAUUCAAAACCAGAACCAGAACUAGAACCACAGUUAAAAUCACAGACAGAAUCACCACUACCACCACCACCACAAGCACAACAACAUCAACCAUCAUUGUCACAACCAGAACAAGAACAAGAACAAACACAGAUAAAAUCACAGAAAGAAUUAGCACCACAACAAGAACCAUCAACACCAUCAUCGUCAGAAACAAAAAAACAAGAACAACUAGAAUCUCCAUCUACACAAGAAAAAUCAUUGACGAAACAUGAAACUGGAUUUUUAUAUGGUUUAUAUAAAACGCAUAUUUCAUCUUUUUAUAAAAACCUUACUGAUUAUGGGCAUCGUUUAUAUGAAAGUGUAUCAACUAGCUUAACAAAAGGUUAUUCUGCAUUUAAUAAAAUUUCUAAUGAUUUAAUUAAUCAUCUAAAUAAAGUAAAUGAUACAUUACCAUCAGUUGAUAAUAACAUUCACCAAAAAGAUUCGGGAAGUGAUUUACUUCCAUCUGAUAGUCCAUCAGAAACGCCCUUGUCUUCACCGAUACAAUCUAGUGACAAUAAAGUUGAAGGUGAAAACCAAGAAAAAGAACCUGAAGAUAAAAGCCACGAAAAAGAAACUGAAAGUGGAAGCCAAGAAAUAAAUUCUGAAGAUGAAAAACCAAAAAAAGAAUCUGAAGGUGGAAGUGGAGAUACAAUAAGUGAACCUGAAGGUGGAAGUGAAGAUACAAUAAGUGAACCUGAAGUUGGAAACCAAGAAAAUAAAACUGAAGGUAAAGACCAAAUAAGUGAAACUGGAAGUAAAGAUGAAGUACCAAUACCAACACCAGCUCCUGAAGAGCCAUCAAAGGAUUCUAUCAAUAAAAUACAUGAUCAAGGAAUUAAACAACUUCCUCCUGAAAUCAAGGUAGAAAAAGGAAUAUUUGAAAUAGGAUUUCCAGGAGAUGUAUUUAAAGGAUACAAAUUAUUUGUAUAUUUAGUUAUAAUUAUUGGCAUACCCAUUAUUUUAGCACUUAUGUAUAAGUAUUUUUCAUUUGGAUGGAGAAAGGAAUUGAAGAAAAAAAAAAACAUGAAAAAGGUUAUAAAUAUGUUUGGUGGAAAUGAAAAGACAAAAAGAGUUAUAAACCCAACUGAUCGAAAAAAACAAGUACAAAUAAUUAUAAAUUUAUCUAAAAAAAAACAGGAUAAAAAGCUUACAAAUCCAUCUACUCAAAAAAAGCAGGAUGAAAAGGUUACAAGUUCAUCUACUCAAAAAAAACAAACUAAACAGUUUAUAAAUUCCAUUUACUGGGGAAAAUAUCCAUUAUUAAAUAUGUAUAAACUUAUGGAGACCGAUCCUGUACCAUUUAUUAUUUUGUAUUUGGUGUUUAUUUUUUAUGUUUAUAGAAGAAAAUGCGAUUCUUUAGAAUAA